AUGGCGACCGCACACUCCACUGACAUAUACCUGAUCAUGAAGGAAACCGAGUUCCGGUACGACCGCAUGUUUAGGGCAAUUUGGAAGAAGCUGAAAGCACUCCUGCGGUCACCGCAAGCGGAAGCCUCACCUGGCAGUAAGCUGCAAAGGCCGAAGCGCAGGGGCUCAGAGAUGGACGGGACACCCCCCACUCUCAAAACGGACGCCCACAGGAAAGGGCCCGGCACACUUGCACCCAAACGGAGCAAGGCUGUGACCAGACUCAGGCCACACAAAACCCACACAGAUAAGGGGACUCCCAAGGCUCCGCACCAAGGACAGCCUCGCCGAAAAGCUGCAACCCCACGCAGAUCCCAGAGGAGCAAAGCUCGCCCGAAUGGGCUGAGGGGAAGGCGGAGGGACAAGCUUAAACUAGCAGAAACAGCUACACUGCCACAACAAUCCGGCAACGGCAAACGACCGCACAGAUCAGCACAACCCACAGCUGGGACCUCAAGACACUCACCAAGAAAACCUGUAACCCUAACUGCUGCUCCAUUCCUCUGCACACCCGGAACGCGGAACAAGAGACUCAAGUGCAGGGCACAGGCUUGUACUAUGCCCACACAAGGCAUCGGCUGA